AUGGCUGCAUGCAUAGUAUCUCGCGACCGCGAAUGGCAUUUACGGCUUUUGGUCGUCUUUGUUGUCAAAUCCUGGGGAAUUGCACGGAUGCUCCUUCACGAAUCGAAUGACUUGCCCGGCCUUGCAUUUUGUUACCCAGGACUAUCGAAGCCUCGAAUGGCUUUCAUCCUUCAUCAAAUCCAAAACGACUGCGCCAAUUCUUCUUCGCAAAUCGAAUGGCUUGUGCAGUCUUGCAUCGCUCCUUCAUUACCGACUGUUGCGGGCCAUACCGGAGACCAUCUGGGACCCAUGGAUUUGUUCCGCGCUCCAACAUCCAUAGUGCUAUUGGAGAUCAAGAGUUGUUUGGAGAUGUGCUCUAGCUUGCUCUGCUUGUUCGAUAUCCGAGAGCCGAAGCGCCAUUGCCCAGCGCGCAUGCGUGAGCUAACAAUGGUCGCUUUCAAUGUUGCGUUGGCUCUCCACUCGGAAUCAAGUUCGGGCGUCGACAGCUGCUGCCGCUGCUUUCGUUUAGACUAUCUACCAACAUUGGAUUUGUCGUUACCUGAGCUCUCAUGGCGCAAGUCAAGCAACCUUGCGCUGUCCACGUUCUCCGUAGACCCAAAGCUGGUUGGACAGAGCGAUCAGACGAGGAAUGUGAUGGGCGGCGUUGGGAGUUCAAUGGGGGUCAAGGCCGACCUGUAUACAGAGAGGGUUUGA